AUGAGGAGAAACCGGCUCCGAGUCCUGGUCACGGCCACCAUCUUGGCUCUCAUGCUCUUCAUCAGCUCUUUUUGGUUACCUCAGGGAGGAGGACCAGUCUGUGGCUCAGAGUGGCAUCCCUGUCUCACAUUUUAUGAGAACAAGCCUGAGCCAAAAGUGGAUGAGACGCUGUGGGAGGGGUCAGAUCUUAACCCCGCCUUCAGGGAAUGUCCCGGCCAAUCAUUUCAGAGUUCAGUGCUGAUGCGUCACCUGGGGGCAUGUCUAAGUGAGGAGGGGGAUGUUCUGAUGGAGUCAUAUCUACAGAGCUGGGACCAACUCAUACUGUUUAUGGAGUCUCUGGGGACGAUGGUGAGUUUCUUCUCUCACAAGGUCAAGGACAAAGUGGCUCUGAUCCGACAGCUGUCAGUCAAGCAAACUGCAGGAGAGGAUCACGGGCAACACGGUCUCACUCCAGAAGCAUACGGACUCAGACAAGGGGUUUACCGCACGGUGCGCUCAAUGGUGGAGGCGGAGCUUAAACAAGGUCUGGUGGGAUUUUCCUUCAGGACUGAGUCUGGAUGUAGAACUUUACUGAGACUUCACCGGUCUCUGCUCUGGGUCAAAUUGGUUCUACAGGGUCUGACCGAGGAUCCAGACCAGAACGGAGUCUACAAGACCCCAGGAGAGAUCGGCAGGGAGGCGUACUCAGUGGCCCUGGCCCCUCAUCAUUCCUGGUUCUUGCAGCGUGCGGCGGAGCUGGUUUUCGUCGCGCUCCCAGAGAGGAAGUAUUUUUUUCAGCAGGUGUGCGUGAACAGUCAGUCAGAGGCCGUGCCCGCUCUACGCAUCAUCAUCCGUGCACUGACGCGUGUGCACGAGCGAACACAAGUGAUCCUGGAGCACCACAGAAUGCUGCUGCUGCCUUGA